AUGCUGGCCGAGGACCCCCGUGCCUUCCGGGUCGUUUUUUCUGAUUUUAGAGUGGGCGGUGGGGGGCUGACCAUGGGUGACAACAACUGGGAGAAGUUCCAAAUUUGGCUGGAUGAGGAUCCUGACAAGGUUCUGUAUCCAGGCAACCCCAACGAGGGCAAAGAAGCGGCCAUCGUUGGACCUGAGAGCAGCGUCGACAAGGCCCUUUCGUGGAGAAUAUCCGGCAUGUGUCACCAGGCACGGCUGAUCAACGAAGAGCAGUACAAAACACUCGCUGAGGGUGAGGACUCCAUGGACUGCAUGGUUGCCUUCGGCGGGAACUAUGUUCCUGAAAAUGUCUCUGACCCGACGGACAUCUCGCAAAUGCCGGUGGCGAACCUCAACGCUGGCAUGGAGGGCAACCCUGGUGACAAGUACCGGAUCCGUCUCCAUGUGCAGGGACAGUACAGGCGCCUCGAGUGGUGCAAAGCCAGAGGGGCUGAUGCCGUGCCCCCUCUGGGUCGCAGGCGAUUCGCGCACAAGUUCGCGAUAAUUGGUGAUCAUAGCUACUGGACCUUUGAGGACAUGCAGGAGGAGUACCGCUCCAAAGUACCUCUGGCUCACGAGCAAGCCUGCCCAAGCAGUGAGCUUCUGGAGAGGCUGCUUUCCAUACUGAAGGACCAGCACCUUCGGCUGAAAGACUUGCCCGAGUCUCACUCCCCAGACUUCGCCAAGCUCCUACAAGAGCUGGGCUUCAGUUCGGCCCUUGAGCGCGUGAAGCUGGCGAAGGCCGUCCGAGCUUUAAAAAGUGAGCAGAAUGAGGCGAACUUGAAGGAAAGUGAUGGGGAUACCAAGUUUGAUACCUGGCAAUAUGAGGAGAUGUCCAGGGUCCAGAAGGUUGAGGCCAAAAGCAUGGUGAAAGACUUUGUUAAGGCAAUGGUUCAUGGCCGCCGACUCCAAAAAUUGAGCGCCGAGACGGGCGAGAUCGUGGAUGUGCAGGUCUCUUUGAAUAAGAAGGUCGACCGACUGACGAUCGAAGGUAUCGAAGCUCAAAGGGACGAGGCUCCCAUCCUCACAGAUCUCUGCGACAUCUUCGAUGUCGUGCCCAUGACCGAGCCGGACUUCACUGUGAUCGUGAAAACCCGCGACAGCGAACUGUGCCUUCUUCUCCCAACCUUGGAAGAGCGGGACGCUUUCACCAAUGCUUUGGGCAUUCUGUCGCAAGUGGAGGAAGAGAAGGGAGUCUUCGCUGCAGAGGUGCGGAUCUUGAAAGAGACCAGCAACUUCCAGAUCUACAGAGACCGGGACUUUGAGCAGGGCUUCUACCCUGCACCUGAGGCGACUGCGGGAGGUUCAGACCAAGAGAUUCAAGGCCCCGAUGAGCUGGGCCAGGGCACGAACUGGGUGGUGAAGGGCAAGGUUGGGGAUGUCUUCAAGAUCACCUUUAGACGCCAAGUUCGACGGGGCCAGGACAAAAGGAGCAUCAGUUGGGAGCGCUUGCGAAACGAGACUGUGGAUUUCCAGGAGAUGUCCAAGUCUCACAAGUACUACCUGGUUGGUUCCUGGAACCAGUUUCGCGAGUGCAAGGAAAUGCUCGAGCACCAGGUGAACGGAGAGAAGCGAGUGCUGAAGCAGGAAUUCACGGUGGGCAAGACUGGCACAGAAAAGUUUCAGAUCCUCUUGAACUGCAAUUUCUUGGCCGCGGUGCAUCCAGAUGCGGACGAAGCGAGGAAGACCGGGUACAAGCUCUGUGGCCCGGACGAUGCAGGCUCCGGCAAGUAUUGGGCCACGGGAACCUCCGAGCAGCUUUUGCAAGGUGACCACGUGAUGGUCUACCUUGAGCUCUCUGCGGGAUUGCCUCACAACGUGUGGUGGGAGAGGUUUAACUCGCCAGAUGCUCACCAAGAGUAUCUGGCCGCCGGAGCACAGCGCGUGUGGGAGAGGCAUAACCGACUGAUGGGCCUCAUCCCAUGGCAGAGUGACGAGAAGCCGGCCAGAUUGGUGAAUCCUCCGGAGUGGUAUGGCGGUGGACGCGAGAGAGAGGACUUGGUGAUGAAGAAUGUCUUCGUGCUGACUCAGGAAAUGCUGGAUCCGAACUAUGGCAAGCAGGAGGUGGAAGAGGAGCCGUUUGCACUGUCCGACAAGUGA